AUGGAAGCUGACGUCACGUUGCUGCGUUCCCACAUUACGGUUAGUCUUCACCCGCAGGAGCGUGAGAACUUUUUGCGCGUAGUUGAUGGCGACAACAAUCGACACAGAUUUGGAUCCACCAACGCUGGUAUGAAACACGCGAGAUCCUAA